AUGGCGCCAAAGAAAUCAAAGACCAAGGAUAGUGGGAAGGAGAUUAAGGGGUCUAGUAAUGGGAAUAGUAGUAAGAAGGCGAUGAAUAGCAGUUCCAGUUCGAUUGUAUCUAGACCGAGCUCGAGCUCGAAAAAAGCAACGCCUAUAUUUUCUGAACAAGUAUUAUCAGCCACCAAUGUUGAUUCGCUAGUCGACUUGAUAAACGAGAAUGUUCACACGAAUGCUGAUGUAAUUCAUAGCAAAUAUAGAGAUACAGUUGAGGAGCAAAUGGCGGAGGAUCACAAGUUGAUUCAGCAACUACGAGAGGAGAAUGCCAAGUUGAAUGAACAAUUGUCAGAAUCUAGCAUGGCAGAGUAUACGUCGCCCAUACGGAAGAAGAAGAUAAAACAGGAUGAUUUUGAGAAAGAGCGAGAGCAUAUUUGUUUCACUUUGGACUUGUUAGAGCUUCUAACAGGGAUCAAGGUUACCAAUUUUGAAGAGUCACCGACACAGUAUACAUUUGACAUUAAGCAGACCUCGUCCAAUAAGGAAGUCUUCAUUGAGUAUCUGCUCAUUCUAUCUAAAGUAGACUCAUCUCAAAUCAAUUACGUACCGACGUUCAUAGAGGACGACGGUUAUGGACGAGACACAGAGUACAAAAACAAUAGAAAACACUUGAUCAAGAUUCUACCGGACUAUCUUUGUGAGUAUUUAUCAUUUCCUUUCAAUACAUUGGCUCAAUUCUAUAGUAAAGUAAAUAAGGCUAUCAAUAAGAAGUAA